AUGUCGAGUCUUUUUCGAGAGCUCACCGAAAGCGAAUCUCCUGACAGCUCUGAUAAUGGCAUGAGUAACUCUGAAGAAGACGGCUCUACAGACUCGUACAUCUGCGACGUUUGUUCUGGUUUUGGUGAGCGUGGCCAUUCGCGCGCCCUAUUCAACCUCAACAGUGAUGAUGUUCCCGACGAGAUGAGAUACACGUACUUCUAUUUUCACUACCCAAAUCCCGUCCUGCUGGCCGACUCGGCCAAGAAUGGCUGUCAGGUAUGUCAGCUCAUCAUGAGCGACAUUCGCGAUUUGUGGAAUAUCCAAUUGGAUCAUCUGUCGUGGGAGGAUGUCCAGGAAGAAGUCCAGGACUUGGAAAACAAGCGAUUGGCCACAUGGGCCGAGUUAAUGCAGGAUGACAUUUUCAACUUCGACCCUGACCAAGAUGCUGCUGGGCUAGCCAAACGCAUCGAGGCCGCCCGACUCGACGGCCAUAGUAUGCUGCCUAGCUCAGCUGUGCACGGCAAAGGCCGGAUUUGCCUCAUGGUCCUUUGUAAGAGCGACCAAAAGAGUCUCCGGGAUAUCUCUGGAGUGCAGACGGCCCAGAUAGAGAUAGUUGGUGACCCGCUCGGGAGUAGGUCCAAGUUCCAAGGAUUGGCUUUCUUAUCAAGUCCUCCCGAUCGUCUAGAUCCGGGCUUGCUUCACCGUCCAACCUCGGAUGUCUUCUCUCGCGAGCACCUCGAGCUCGUUGACCGGUGGAUAUAUGAAUGCUCUACAGAACAUGAAGCGUGCGGCAGAGUCGGCCCGCUGCAACAUUUGCCGACACGCGUGUUAAAGAUAAUUCCCUCGGAAACCGCAAGUGACGUCGAGAUAGUGAGGCUGGUCGAGACUGGAGGUGCUGUAGGGUGCUACGCUGCGCUUUCCUACUGCUGGGGCCUCACACCUCAAGUCGAGAAGACCACGACGAGCAACCUACACAGUCACUUGGACGGAAUUUCGCUGCAGAUCCUGCCAAAGACAAUUGCCGACGCUAUUCGCCUAUGCUGUAAGCUAGGCUUUGAUUAUGUUUGGGUGGAUGCCUUGUGCAUUAUUCAAGAUGAUUACGAGGACUGGACACGCGAGGCAGUUAAAAUGUCCGAAGUGUACGGUAACUCCGCGUUGACUAUAGUCCCUUCUAUGGUGCGCGACUCCUCUGAGAGCUUUGUGGAGGCGCGGAGAGCCGGAGGCUUCCCUAUCGAGAUUAUUACGGAGCUGCCGUACACAGACUCAGAGUCCGGCCUAGCAGGCAGCCUCUGGUUCGGUGACUAUCUGACCUGGGACAACUCCUGGGCCCUGGAGAGGGACUGGGAAUCAAUGUAUACGGAGAAGCGAGAGCCCUACGAGUGGCUCGGGCGCGCCUGGUGCUUCCAGGAGUGGAUUCUGUCGCCACGAAUCCUUCACAUCCACAACAUGAGCCUCUGGGACUGCUUUCAGGGGUAUGCAAACGAGGUGACUGCACGGCACGUGGGGCCGACAAUGCUGCGGAGAGAUCUCUUGGGUUCCGGUAGCAGUACCACGUGGAGCUCCAUCGUAGCGGAGUUCACGUCGCGGGCCAUCACCAAGGCGUCAGACCGUUUGCCAGCGCUGGCGGGGCUUGCGGCAAUGUACGCGCGCGCCACGGGCCGAAGCACGUAUCUAGCUGGGAUCUGGUUUGAGGACCUGCCCGCUGCGCUGUUGUGGUCUGGCUGGACCGAUGACUCGAGCGUGGGAAAGCUGGACUCCCCCUCUUUCACCUGGGUCUCCGCGGAUCGGGCAGUCAACUUCUACGGCCCAGAUGUCGUGUAUACACCCGGGGACUUCGAAAUCAAGACCAGAGCAGUAGCGUGGUCUUGUAGCGAACAUGGGCACCCUACCUAUACAUCGAGAGGCUUCACUGUCGAAUUCGAGGGCCCCUUGGGUCUCGUAAAUGGUUCGAUGCCGUCCUGGAGUUUGCGGCCGCUAUACAACCAAUGGACCUUGGUCCUUGACCGAAAAGGAACAUGUACGGAGGAGAAUAUUGCUGUGUCCAAGUUGUAUUUGAUGCUCAUCAUGGGCGGCCGGACUGAGUCCGGCCUGUACGAGUAUCAGUCACUUGUGUUGAGAAAGUUUGAAGAAGAAAAUGACGUGAACUGUUUCCAAAGGCUAGGCCGCGCGUAUUUGAAACUUGAGGAAGGACAAGCGCCGCCAGACAUGCCUCCUGCUACGCCAGAGUGCGCGGUGUGGGAGCGGAGCAGAUUUCGUCUGAAGUGA